AUGCUUCUCCAGAUCCUCUAUCAGGCCAAGAACCAUCCAAGCCUAACGCCCCUCUUUGUGUUUAUUGGAGCCAGAGGUACUGGAGCAGUGUUGUAUAUCUUGUGACUGGCAUCUGUCCCAACAGAUGUCUGUUGGGACAAAAUGAAUAGCCCAGAACCCUGGAAUAAACUGGAUCCCAGCGAUCGGUACAAGUUCUACUCAGUGAAUGUAAAUUACAGAAAACUGAAGAAAGAAGGUUUAGACUUUUAAAUGAAUG